AUGUUGGACGUGUUCCUCGACGACCGCCCCAACAGCUAUUACUGUGGAUUCUCGUUACAGUCUCACUUCGUGAGGAUCAGUCUGCCCGAGGGAGUGGACCCCUCUUUCCUGGCAGCGCUGCCUGAGGAUAUCCGGAGGGAAGUGCUACAGAACCAGCUGGGAAUCCGGCCUCCGAACCGGGUGCGCGAGAGGGAGCGGGAGAGAGAGCGAGACCGGGAGAGAGAGAGAGCGACGGCAGCGACUGUAGCCACUGCUGUCGCUGCUGCUGCUGCUGCUUCUCUGGUGGGUACCCAGCCCGUCAGCGAGGUCAGCCCUGAGUUCCUGGCCGCCCUGCCCCCCGCCAUCCAGGAGGAGGUCCUUGCCCAGCAGAGAGUAGAGCAGCAGCGGCGAGAGCUGGCGCACACAGCGAACCCUGACACCCCGAUGGACCCGGUGACUUUUAUCCAGACCUUGCCCUCUGACCUGAGGCGCAGUGUGCUGGAGGACAUGGAGGACAGUGUCCUGGCUGUGAUGCCCCCGGACAUUGCUGCCGAGGCCCAGGCCCUGAGGAGAGAGCAGGAGGCCAGGCAGCGGCAGCUCAUGCACGAGAGGCUGUUCAGUCACAGCAGCUCCUCUGCCCUCUCUGCCAUCCUCCGCAGCACAGGUUUCACUGGACGGCUGGGAGGAAACCGAGGAGUGCAGUACACACGCCUCGCGGUGCAGCGAAGUGGGGCCUUUCAGUGGGGCAGCGGCAGCCAUAACAGAGCCUCGAGCAGCAGUAACGUGGACAGCCUCCUGCGCCUCCGCGGACGCUUGCUGUUGGACCACGAGGCCCUGUCCUGUCUGCUGGUGCUGCUGUUGGACGAGCCGAAGCUGAACACCAGCCGCCUUCACCGUGUGCUGAGGAACCUCUGCUAUCACACCCAGACCCGCAACUGGGUCAUCAAGAGCUUGCUGUCCAUCCUGCAGCGGAGCAGCGAGAGCGAGCUGUGCAUCGAGAUCCCCAAACACCUGGAGGAGAAGGGCAAGAAGGUCAAGAGCUGCCUGGCUUCUCCCCCGCCCCCUCCUCCCCCUGGCACCGGAGCCCUAGCUCUACACGAACAGAAAACCCUGGACCUGCUCCACAAGGUGGAGGCCAAAGCCACCAGCCAGCUGUCGUGGCUCUCCGUGUCCAUGGACGCUGCUCUGGGCUGUCGCACCAACAUCUUCCAGAUACAGCGGUCGGGAGGGCGGAAGCAUUCGGAGAAGCAUCCCGGCUGUGGCUCCACCGUCCACAUCCACCCCCAGGCAGCUCCCGUGGUCUGUAGACACGUGUUAGACACCCUCAUCCAGCUCGCCAAGGUAUUCCCCAGUCACUUCACACAGCAGCGCAGUAAAGACAGCUGCGGGGAGACAGACAGAGAGAAGCUGGGGAGGCCGGCAGCGACCAGCCCUGGACAGGGCCAGGGCCAGGCACAGGGACAGAGCCCGAGCCCGGCCGGAGCUGGCUCCACCUCCAGCUCCAUCUCCACCGACUUCUGGGACCUUCUGGUCAAACUGGACAACAUGAACGUGAGCCGCAAGGGGAAGACCUCAAUCAAGGCUCUGCCUCUGCCGGGCAGCGAGGGGGAGAGCAGUCAAGGCAGCCUGGAGUCCUCGCCCCUGGGGCAGCUCAUGAACAUGCUCUCUCACCCCGUCAUCCGCCGCAGCUCGCUGCUCACCGAGAAACUGCUCCGUCUCCUCUCCCUCAUCUCCAUCGCCCUCCCCGACAACAAGGCCACGGAGAUCAGCCCCAACCACAGCAACAGCAACAGCCACAGCAACAGCCACAGCAACAGUAACAGCAGCGCCACCUGCCCCCCCCUCACAGCCACCCCCAACCCUAGCCUUACCCCCAACCCCAACCUCAGCGUCAACACAACAGCCAACGUCACUGCUACACCGACUCAGAAAGUGGCCAAGUCCCCGGCGAGGGUGGGGGAGACCGGCGGCAGCAGCAGCGACAGCAAAGCCCCCACCUCAGGCCUCACAGAGAAACAGCUCCAGCUGUCAGUGGAGGUGUUGACGUCACACUCGUGUUCAGAGGAGGGUCUGGAGGACGCAGCUAACAUCCUAUUACAGUUGUCCCGCGGGGAACCGGGAACCAGAGACACCGUCCUCAAACUACUACUGAGCGGAGCUCGGCAGCUCGGCUACACCCUGUGUCAGCAGAUAGGGACGCUGCUGGCUGAGUUACGAGAGUAUAACCUGGAGCAGCAGAGACGAGCUCAGGCUGACAGUCAGCCCCCAGAGCUCAGCCACGAUGAUCAGCCGCACAUGGCCAAACUGAAGGGCAAGAUGCUGAGCAGGUGAGAAAGGGAGAGUCUGUCACCACUUUUCC